ACCUUACAGCGAAACGAAACGGAAACCCAGUUAAUAUUUAGCCGGUUAAAAGUUAGUCAACGUCCCUUCAGAUCCCAAAAGCAAACAAACAAACUGCUAAUAUAGCCUACAAUCACGGUGUGUUGUACCUACUACCAAAAAAUCAUGGACCGAACGUUUUAAAGAUUUAAGGUUUGCUGUAAAUGCUCAUAAACACUCGUUGAAUAAAGACAUUAUUCACUAGGCGUACGUCACGACGCAGAUCCUCGAAGGAUGUGUUCCUCAUAUAAAGCGCAGAGGCAGAUUAUUUAUCCUGGACCAUCAACAAUUCCGUCAAUGUCAUGGAUCCAAGAUUUCUCUACAAUACUACUGGUGCUUUGUGCAAUAGUUUCUGCCAUUGCAGUAGGGAUUCAGAUGUUCAGUCAACAAAAACAUGACUUGGAUGACAUAGUAGUUGCAUCAGUGCAUCAUCCAGGCGAACCGCUCCGGAUUCUUCUGGUUGGAAAAACAGGGGUGGGAAAAAGUGCAACGGGCAACACAAUCCUAGGAAAAAAGGUUUUUAAAUCGGAGAUAUCGUCCUCCUCUGUGACUGGAGAAUGUGAAAAAUUUCAUACAGUUAUAAAUGGCAGAAAAGUGUCUGUCAUUGACUCUCCAGGACUGUUUGACACCAGCCUAACUAAUGAUGAGGUGAUCGACAAAAUUAAACUCUGUAUCCCACUCUCUGCUCCUGGUCCACAUGUCUUCUUAGUUGUGAUUCAGCUGGGCAGAUUCACAGAUGAAGAGGCAGAAGCAGUACGAAUUAUCCAAACAGCUUUUGGUAAAGAAUCUUCCAUAUACACCAUGGUAAUUUUUACUCAUGGAGAUCGACUGGAGGGCAAAAACAUUCACACGUUUGUGCGGGACAGUCCAAAACUGCUCAGUUUCAUCAAAACAUGCUAUGGACGAUACCACGUGUUUAACAAUAAAGACAAAAAUCCUGAACAGGUCAUUCAGCUGCUUGAACAGAUUGAUAAAAUGGUCACUGGGAAUGGUGGGCAACAUUACACCAGUAAGAUGCUUGAAAAAGUAGAAAGAGAGAUUGAGAAAGAGAAACAACGUAUCCUAAAGGAGACAGAGGAGCAGAGACAGAAAGAAUUAGAAAUUCUAAGGGCUAAACUUGAAGAUGAGGCCUACGAAAAAGCAAAGAAAAAACUGAAUGAUGAUUAUGAGCAGCAAGCAAGAUGGAAAGCAGAGAGGAACCCGUCAUAUUUAAUGCAAGUGGUCAAUUAUUUGAAGAAACUGUUCAACUUUUGCUCAAGCACCAGCAAGAAGACGUGUGGACCGGGAGAAGAAAGCGGAAUACACAGCUUAAUUCUGUUCACCAUCUCCUCUAUAGUAAAGCUGGGGUCAAACAGUCCUGGAAAACACAGCGAAUCCAAAGGACAUGAAUCCACUGUAUCCAAGACCUGGUUUCGGUACUUCUUUGAUACUAUUGCAGACGGUUUACGGAUUAGGAAACAUGAGACUGACACUUCAUUCAGUGGUGCUCUGGAAAAAAUAGAGACAGAAAAAAAAGGUGAGAUCCGGAUUGUCCUGCUUGGAAAGACGGGGGUUGGGAAAAGUGCAACAGGAAACACCAUCCUGGGAGAAAAAGUCUUUAAAUCAGCUGCUUCAGCUUCAUCUGUUACUAAAAAAUGUAAAAAAGAAUUUGGGAUUAUUAAUGGAAGAAAAAUUUCGAUUAUUGACACUCCUGGUCUUUUUGACACAGAAAUGACUAAAGAAGAGGUAGAGAAAGAAAUUAAGAUGUGCAUAUCUUAUUCUGCUCCAGGACCACAUGCCUUUCUAGUUGUUAUUAAACCAGAUAAAUUCACAGAAGAAAAUGCAAAAACAAUCAAAUUAAUUGAAGCAAUAUUUAGUGAGGAGGCAAGAGAAUAUGCCAUGACAGUGUUCACUCAUGGAGAUCAGAUACAGGACAUUAAAUCAUUUAUCUGCAGCAAUACAAACCUGCGAGCGUUUGUCAGAAACUGUGGGAGACGCUGUUUUGUGAUUGACAACUUGAAGCAGGAUCCAGAACAGGUUAUGCAACUGCUAGACAAUAUUGAUGAAAUGGUUAGUGAUAAUUGUGGAGAAUACUACACUAAUGAAAUGCUUCAGGAGGCAGAGAGAGCAAUUGUGAAAGAGAAAGAACGGAUCCUGAAAGCGAAUGAAGAACAACGAAAGAGGGAGAUGGAGGCUCUACAGCGUAAACAUCAAGGUGAAGAACUAGAGAAAAUGAAAAAACAAUUAGCAGAGAAACAGGAAGAACUGGCAAGAAUUAAAGCAGAGAACUCCAAUUUCAUCAUUUCAGCUAUACUAAAUUGUGUAUGCAAGUGGAUUCUCUGUCUGUCUCAUCCUUACGUUACAGAACGACCAGCCUACUAUGAAUCCAGCAGCACAAAUUAUAUGUCUCCGUCAAGGAGAUCGGCCCUCAAGGACUAUGUGACGGACCUUGUUGAGCUAGCACAGUUGACUAGUAUGGACAAGAUCUUGCUGGAGGAGAGGACGGAGCUCGGGGACCGCUCUGAGAGCUUUCUUGAGAUGAUGAAAGCUCGCGGCCUAGGAUGUGUGCGAUGA